GAGGGACGCAGACCCGGCCCUUUCCCACACCCAUCCCACCCCACUCCCUCACCGGCCAGAUCUCCGCAGAUGGGGCCGGAGUUGCCUGCAUCCAGAUAGCCAGGCUGAGGGACCUUUGGGCUGCUGGUGGGAGGAUUGCCUUGGACCAAUGCUCUACGACUCAGGCCCCCAACCCUCUGAGAUUCGACCUGCUGAACUCUGACCUGGCUGGGGAGGGGUUGUGCUGGGAGGGAGGGAUGUUAGGAUUUCUUUGGCCUGGGAAGUAGGUGGGGCGGGGGUGCCUCAGGGCUGGGAGGCAUGUGUGUCCAUGACUGUGUGUGACUGGGAUUCUCUGCUUAUCUGUUGACUGUGCCACUGUGGUUCAAUAUUUUGUGUGUAUUUGUAAGUGUGUAAAUCCCUCACAGGGCAGUUGUGUGGGCAUGUUAUGAGUGAACACCUGGGAGUGUCUGUGCAAAGGUGGAUCUUUCUGUACCUGUGUGCUUGUUUGAGUAUGUAUCAGCCUUGUAAGUGUCUGUGCACGUUGUGGUUCUGUGUAUGUGUGUGAGGUGUGUAUUCGCGAGUGUGUGCAUUUGUGCAUCUGUUGGUGUAGUAAUGUAUCAGCUUUGUGACCGUGCAUCAUGGGGAUAUGUGAAGUUGCAUGAGUGUGUUUGGGCAUCUAAGAGCAUGCACCUGUGUAUCUUUGUGCGAGUGAGCAUCUGUUAUAUGUGUGUGCCCCUGUGUGUUGGUGAGUGUGCAAGGGUAGAUCGGUUAUAGGUGCACGCACCUGGGGACACGUGGGUUUCACUGUUGUGUGUGUGCAUCUGUGUGUGAGUGUACAAGGGAAAAGGCAAUAUUGUAUGUGUGGUUGUGUGUCGGUGUGUCAACCUUGAGGGUAUGUGUCUAUACUGUGAGUCCAUUUUUGUGUUCACGUUGGUCUCUGGGGGUGGGGUUGUGUAUGUUCAAAUACAUAUAUUCAGGAUGAUAUGCGCACAUGUGCCUGUGUCCUUGACACAAGGCUGACCCCACUUAUGGGCCCAGUGAAUUGGGGCCCAUGUGGCAUGACCUGUGGUAUGCUGGGAUCCAUGGAUACAAGUGUGCCCACAUCCUGGACCAAGAGCCUGUUGAGGGCAGGGGGCACACAGAUCAUGCUGCUGUGUCCAUGGAAAUCCAGAUGGAGAGUCGUGGGUUGUGGGCCCAUGUGGGUUUUGGCAUGUCCACACAUGUUGGUGUGACAGUGGUGUGAUGGUGCAGAUGAGAAUCUCUGGUCCUCCCCCAGCUCCUGGUACUGUUCAGGUCUUUGAAGUUGGGGGACUGGGAUGUGGAUUCUGGAAGGAGGAGGCUGGGAGCCUAGAAUCCUGGGUUUGAAGGAGAAGAGGGCUGGGGGGCCAGAGUCCUGUGUCUUGAGAAAGGAAGGAACUGAGACCUGGACUCUUGAAUCUGAGGGAAGGGGAGGGUGGGGUUCUUAGCCUCUUGAGCCCCCAGAGGACAAAGGACAAAAGUCCUAGACUCUUGGGUUUUGGAGGGUGAACAGUCUUAGGCCCAGACUCCUUGGUUUCCAGAGAUGACUUCCUGGGUCCACCUGAGACUAUGCAGAAUCUGUAGCAGGAGAGCUGAGAGAGUGAUCACACCAGGGACUUCCUUGGCUGAGAUGGUCUCUGAGGCAGGUCUCUGGGGAGGAGCCAGAAGAAUGUUAACGGUGUGGUUUUGUUCCUUUGUAGGUACUGGCCCAGGCCCUGAUUCCCUGAAGAGAGAUGAAGAAACCGAGAUUCAGAGAGGUUCAGACACUUGCCCGAGGUCACACAGCUAAUCUCACCUCCCACUCCUCCCGUCUUCCCCCUGCACCAUGGCUCCGGGCCCCUUCUCCUCGGCGCUCCUCUCGCUGCCGCCUGCUGCCCUGCCCUUUCUGCUGCUUCUCUGGGCGGGGGCAUCUCGAGGCCAGCCCUGCCCCGGCCGCUGCAUCUGCCAGAACGUGGCGCCCACGCUGACCAUGCUGUGCGCCAAGACCGGCUUGCUCUUUGUGCCUCCGGCCAUCGACCGGCGCGUGGUGGAGCUGCGGCUCACCGACAACUUCAUCGCGGCCGUCCGCCGCCGAGACUUCGCUAACAUGACCAGCCUGGUGCACCUCACCCUCUCCCGGAACACCAUCGGCCAGGUGGCGGCCGGCGCCUUUGCAGACCUCCGCGCCCUCCGCGCCCUGCACCUCGACAGCAACCGCUUGGCGGAGGUCCGGGGCGACCAGCUCCGCGGCUUGGGCAACCUCCGCCACCUGAUCCUCGGCAAUAACCAGAUCCGCCGGGUGGAGUCGGCCGCCUUCGACGCCUUUCUCUCCACCGUGGAGGACCUGGAUCUGUCCUACAACAACUUGGAGGCCCUGCCGUGGGAGGCCGUAGGCCAGAUGGUGAACCUGAACACCCUCACGCUGGACCACAACCUGAUCGACCACAUCGCCGAAGGUACCUUCGUGCAGCUUCACAAACUGGUUCGCCUGGACAUGACCUCCAACCGCCUGCAUAAACUGCCCCCUGACGGGCUCUUCCUGAGGUCCCAAGGCCCCGGGCCAAAGCCACCCACGCCGCUCACGGUCAGCUUCGGCGGCAACCCCCUGCACUGCAACUGCGAGCUGCUCUGGCUGCGGCGGCUGACGAGGGAGGAUGACCUGGAGACGUGCGCCACCCCUGAGCACCUCACCGACCGCUACUUCUGGUCCAUCCCCGAGGAGGAGUUCCUGUGUGAACCUCCGUUGAUCACUCGGCAGGCAGGCGGCCGGGCCCUGGUGGUGGAGGGCCAGGCGGUCAGCCUGCGGUGCCGCGCUGUGGGUGACCCUGAGCCGGUAGUGCAUUGGGUGGCACCUGAUGGGCGGUUGCUGGGGAACUCGAGCCGGACCCGGGUCCGGGGGGAUGGGACACUGGAUGUAACCAUCACCACCUUGCGGGACAGUGGCACGUUCACUUGUAUAGCCUCCAACGCCGCCGGGGAAGCCACGGCACCGGUGGAGGUGUGCGUGGUGCCUCUGCCUCUGAUGGCGCCCCCACCGGCCGCCCCACCACCUCUCACCGAGCCUGGCUCCUCGGACAUCGCCACACCUGGCCGACCUGGUGCCAAUGAAUCUGGGGCUGAGCGCCGGCUUGUGGCUGCCGAGCUCACCUCCAGCUCCGUGCUCAUCCGCUGGCCAGCCCAGAGGCCCGUGCCUGGCAUCCGCAUGUACCAGGUCCAGUACAACAGCUCCGCAGAUGACUCCCUUGUCUACAGGAUGAUCCCAUCCACCAGCCAGACCUUCCUGGUGAAUGAUCUGGCAGCGGGCCGCGCCUACGACCUGUGCGUGCUGGCCGUCUACGACGAUGGGGCCACGGCGCUGCCCGCCACCCGAGUGGUGGGCUGCGUGCAGUUUACCACGGCGGGGGAUCCCGCGCCCUGCCGCCCACUGAGGGCCCAUUUCUUGGGCGGCACCAUGAUCAUCGCCAUCGGGGGUGUCAUUGUCGCCUCCGUCCUCGUUUUCAUAGUUCUGCUCAUGAUCCGCUACAAGGUCUACGGCGAUGGGGAUGGCCGCCGAGUCAAGGGCACCUCCAGGUCGCCUCCGCGGGUCAGCCACGUGUGCUCUCAGACCAACGGCGCAGGCGCAGGCGCAACGCAAGCCCCGCCCCCGCCGGCGCAAGACCGCUACGAGGCGCUGCGCGAGGUGCCAGCUCCGGCUGCGGCGGUGGCCGUCGAGGCAAAGGCCGUGGCGGCCGACACGGCUUCCGCGGAACCGGAGGCGGUCCUUGGACGCUCCCUGGGCGGCUCAGCCACCUCGCUGUGCCUGCUGCCGUCCGAGGAAACCUCCGGGGAGGAGUCCCGGGCCGCGGCUGGCCCUCGGAGGAGCCGUUCUGGGGCCCUGGGACCGCUGGCUUCGGCGCCCCCCACUUUAGCUCUGGUUCCUGGGGGAGCCCCGGCCCGGCCGAGACCGCAGCAGCGCUAUUCGUUUGACGGGGACUACGGGGCGCUCUUCCAGAGCCACAGUUACCCGCGCCGCGCCCGGCGGACAAAGCGCCACCGGUCCACGCCGCACCUGGACGGGGCCGGAGGGGGCGCGGCCGGGGAGGACGGAGACCUGGGGCUGGGCGCCGCCAGGGCGCGCUUGGCCUUUACCAGCACCGAGUGGAUGCUGGAGAGUACCGUGUGAGCGGCUGGCGGGCGACGGGACGCCUGGGUGCCGCGGACAAACGCCCAGCCGCCCGGACGCCGGGGCAGGACUCGGGGGACAAAGCUCCGAGCAAAGACGUCGGACUGCAGGGGAGGCGUGCCCUUCUCCUCCCUGGAGGGGGUGGGCGGCCUGGGCUGCGGCUCGAAGUCACGCCCCCGCGCUUAGGGGGGUUUGAGGGUGGGCCGCCGAGCUCCUCUCCCCCACGGACUUUAAGCCCCCCUCCUGCCCCUCCCCCCGCGCGCUCGCGGACCUCGCUGGAGCCGGUGCCUUACACAGCGAAGCGCGGGGAGGGGCAGGGCCCCCCGACACUGCAGCACUGAGACACGAGACCCCUCCCCCCGCCCGGGACCCGGGGCAGGGGCGAGGGACCCAUUUCUUGUAUCUGGCUGGACUAGAUCCUAUUCUGUCCCGCGGAGGCCUCCAAAGCCCCCACCCCCACCCCAUUCAAUUCCCUGGUCCCGUCGGGUCUGGCUUGGGGUGCCCCUUUCUCUGUUCCCUUCGUUUGUCUCUGUCGCGCCCUCUGUCGUCUCUGUCUUACGUCCUUCCCUGUUUGUCUCUUCUCCCUCUGAACUCCCGUAUUGCGUCCCGCCUCCUUGUCUCUCCAGAUUAUAUCUCCCCAGUACACAUUCUCCCGGGCAGGUCCCACUGGAAGGACCAGACUCUCCCCUAUUCCUUCCUCUUAACCCCCAAAUAAAUCCCCACAUGAACAAAAUCCAAAACCAAAUCCCCCUCCCUACCGGAGCCGGGACCCUCCGCCGCAGGAGAAUUAAACAUUUUUCUGUGUCUGAG